GGGCCCCCCAGAGAGGACUGGUGCUAAGGGACUCAGGAGGAGCGCGGGGCGACUGGGCCUGGGGCGCGCCUGGGGCGCGGGGAUCCGAUCUGUCUAUAGCACCUCUGGAGCCGAGUUCCCAGUGUCGCCGGCCCCCUUAGGGCCAAGGGUGUCUUUAUUUCUGUCCAGGCCGGGUCUAUAUGUGUGGGGGGAGGGCUGCCUUGGUUUCUGUAGCCUAAAGACCCACAACAAACCCACGUGCACGGGGCCCUCGGGAACCUUGCUUUCUCCAGGACACGGCCAGUUUGGGUGGGGGGCGGGACGCCUCGCAGGGUCUGGCUUCUUUCAGAUCUUAACCGCUGCGUCUGCAGGUAGAUAAACUGAGGCCGGUCAAGGGGGUGGGGAAAGGAGCACAGGCACCAUAACAAACACACGUGCACCCUGCCCUGAGAUCUGGGCGCGCCGCAAGCCUUGUCCAGCCGUCCUUUGCGGCCGGGCCAUUGUCUGUGCAACGGGGAAGCCAGCGGCGUUGCUGGCAUCUCUUGCUAGAGGAGCGCGAGGAGGACGUUCCAAAUGGUACCACUGGGGCAUCCGACUCAACAGCCACACUUCAAAGGGGCAAAGCGAAACAAGAACGCAGUUACAAAAAAGGUUGCCCAAGCGGGGAGAGUGUGUCCUCGACCGUGGCGCUUUCCUCGGCGGGAGGUGGAUCAACUCCUCGCCUCUACCUCUAGAAGGAUUGCUAGAGGUGUGCGUGAACUUGAAGGGUCUCUGUCCCCAGCCCCCAGCCCUCAAAGGAGCGUGCCCGGCACACCAUUGUCCCUGCACUCUGGCCACUGCUUGAGCUGGGAGAUGGAGAGCGCCUCCCCAGCCUGCAGGAGGAACAGCGCCCAGUGCGGUCUUGGGUGUCGCCUGCGCCUAGCCGGGCAGCGCUAGAGCCAGUUGAGCACAGUUUGGCUGCAAGGAGCCUGGAAGGAAAUAGUGGAUGUUACUGAGCCCAGCUGAAAUGUACCGGCCCUUGGGAGCCUCUCCCAAGUCCUGGUGCCAGAUCUCCAGCCCAGCACUGAGAUGUUUUUGGAUCAUCCUGAGAGAAAUGAGCCUUGGCCUCCAGAUCCAGUAACGAGAACCUGUCUCCCAUGGAGAGUUGUACUACUUCCUGAGGACCAGGAGGGCCUGCAGCCCACAGGGAAAUAAAUCGCCCAGAGCAGGCUCGUUCUCCUGCUCAGAACGGAGUGGCUUUUCCCAACACAUCUUUCAUUAUGAUUCAUACCAACCUGAAGAAAAAGCUGAGCUUCUUUUUCCUGGUUUUUCUCCUGUUUGCUCUCUUCUGUACGUGGAAAGAAAAGAAGAAAGGAAAUUACUAUGAUUUUCUUAAGUUGCAAACCAAGGUCCAAGUGUUGAACAAUCUGGAGAAACUGGCUCUGGGGUCUGGCUCCCAGUCUGCAUCUUUAAGCAGCACCCAAAACCCCCUCAGGAAUGGCCAGACCCUUAAUAGUCCCAAGGGUUCUGCCAAGGCCAAACCAGAGGCUGCUUUCCAGGUGUGGAACAAGGACAGCUCAUCCAAAAACCUUAUCCCCAGGCUGCAAAAGAUCUGGAAGAAUUAUCUGACCAUGAAUAAGUACAAAGUGUCCUACAUGGGUCCAGGGCCAGGCGUGAAGUUCAGUCCUGAGGCCCUUCGCUGCCACCUCCGGGACCAUGUAAACGUAUCCAUGGUGGAGGCCACAGAUUUUCCCUUCAACACGUCUGAAUGGGAGGGUUACCUGCCCAAGGAGAACAUCAGGACCAAAGCUGGGCCAUGGGGCAGGUGUGCUGUGGUCUCGUCAGCAGGAUCUCUGAAAGCCUCCCAGCUGGGUCGAGAAAUAGAUGGUCAUGAUGCGGUUCUGAGAUUUAAUGGGGCACCCACAGCUGGCUACCAACAGGAUGUGGGCACAAAAACUACCAUUCGCCUGAUGAACUCUCAGCUGGUCACCACUGAUGGGCGCUUCCUCAAAGACAGUUUGUACAAGGAAGGCAUCCUAAUUGUGUGGGACCCCUCUGUGUACCAUGCAGACAUCCCAAAGUGGUACCAGAACCCCGACUACAAUUUCUUCAAUAACUACAAGAGAUAUCGCAAUCUGCACCCCAACCAGCCAUUUUAUAUCCUCAAGCCCCAGAUGCCUUGGGAGCUUUGGGACAUCCUGCAAGAAAUCUCCCCAGAAGAGAUUCAGCCAAACCCCCCAUCCUCUGGCAUGCUUGGUAUCUUCAUCAUGCUGACGCUGUGUGACCAAGUGGAUAUUUACGAGUUUCUCCCAUCCAAGCGCAAGACUGACGUGUGCUAUUACUACCACAAGUUCUUUGACAGCGCCUGCACCAUGGGGGCCUACCACCCACUCCUCUUUGAGAAGAACUUAGUGAAGCAUCUGAAUGAGGGCACAGAUGAGGACAUUUACCUGUAUGGCAAAGCCACGUUGCGUGGCUUCCGGAGUAUUCACUGCUGAGAGAGGGCAAGAGGCCAGGUCCUCUUUUUUUCUCCUUCAUUAGGUAUUGUGACUGGUUUGGUGAUCAUACUAGCCCACCCACGAAGACCAUUUUCCAGGACUGUCCCAGCCUCCUGUUUUGCCCUCUAGGGGUCUCUGUCAGCAAGAUCCUGGGAUUUUAGGAACCUGGGGGAAGGAACCAGGUGUGAUCUUCCCAGUAGGCACAGGGAGUGAGCAAGCCUCACCCCCUUCCUGUUCACACUGAUGAGCCAACAUUCUCUCCAAACAUCAGCCUCCCCUCCUUCCACAUAGGUGGAUGCAAGACCUGCCAUCUGUCUUUCUGCCAAGACUGCCAAGGCUUGCCUUUGUUUUGCCUUGUUCGAAUGAUGUCAUGCUUGCAAACCAGUGCUCUGUGUGGCCAGAAGUCAUCACCUAGAUAUUGAUUUCAUGUAAAAGAAUCUUCACAAAUUAUGAAUGUGUCAGAUAUAGGCUGACUCUACAGAGAAAGUAAGUGACACAGAGUACUAGAAAUAUGCCUGAUUGUUUCAGAGAAAAGUUGCUGUCAGUGUCCUUGCCCAUAACACUUGUUUCUAUCACUCUAGGAUAGUUGGGUUGGUCCCUAGCCUGUGUGCUUAUGUGCAAAUGGUUUUGAUGGGCUCUACUUUGCUCUCAGGUGGAAAAAAACCGUUUAGAAAGAUACAGCUCCAGUCUUGGAGUUGUUCAUAGCUGAGUGGGAGAGACUGACAUCUAUGCAGGCUUUUGAGAUUCAGUGGACUUAGUGUAUGUGGGCAUGUUGACAAAAGGUUGUGUCUAUGAAUUAUAGAGCACUUCAGAGGACUAGACCAUAAAGUGGGUCAUAGAGAAAGAGAGAAAUACAUCAAGCAGGUUUUGACUUACUUGAGCUGUACUUUCCCUUCUUCCUUUAUCAACUACAUUAUUGUAAAAGGCUUGCCUGGGCUUGUUCUUGGAGGUCAUAGCCAGUCCUCACAAGGUGAGCAGUUACUGCGUGUGUUACUGGAGGUUACUGGCAGCAUGUGGUGCCAUUGGCAUGCCUUCCACUUGUACAAUAAGACAGCAUCACCAAGAUUCUCAAGAGGCCAGCCCACUAUGGUUGGCAGCUGUGAUUUUCAAAUGAUUUUACUAAACCCUCUUCCCACAGUGGAUCCGUUACAGCCCUGGCAUGGAAAGGUUAAACAACUUACUCAGGGUCACAGAGUAGAGCAAGUCCAGAAUUCUCAUACCAGUACUCCCAAGGCUGGCCCCACAUGCUCAAGGAACUCAUCUUGCACCUGGCUUAUUCAUUUACCGCUAAACCCUUGGUUUAUGUGAGUAAGCGCACAGGAUAGAGAAGUUUCAAGUUUUGCAUUUGAUGUACUUCUACUUAACAGAUGUGCCAUUUUGACAAAAUUCUGUUCCCUGAGCCUUCGUUUCUACAUCUGUAAGAUGGGGUGAUGAUCCUACCUCACAGGGCUAUUGUGAGGUUUACAUGAAAGCACCUGUCCAAGUUCUGUACUAGCACAUAAUAGGCAGUUAAUUCCCUUUCUUUAUGAAGGACUUCACUGUGCUUAUACCUGGGCUAUUCACUGCUAGGAAGGAAGACAGGCAGGAAGUGGGUAUCCCUAUUGUGAGUUAGCUGUUAUUCCACAGGAACACCCACAAAACUGAGGCAGUGGAUGGUGCAGAGCUUGCAUGUCUUCCUCACUGCCUGCCUUACAGAUCCAAUUCUGUGAGGACAUGGGUGGAGCAUCUGGGCUGCUUAACUGCUGUGUGGGGCAAGCCCUAUACUCUUGUCUGGGCCCGUGCAUUCUUGGCUUGCUGCAAGUGCUGAUAUAACUUACUGUAACUUGGAAUCAUAAUCAUUGAGUUCCAAGGAGGGAGGCAGUUGGUCAGCAGGAGAUACAUUUUGGCAUGGAGACUGAGACUACACUGGGUAGAUUCUAGUUUUUAAUUGUUAUUAUUAAUAUAAGGUAUCAAAUUAAUUUAAUCAUGAAUCUGAGGUCUACAGAACUUAUAAUUCUGUGCUCUCUAAAUGUGAAAGCUUUGAUAAAAUGCUUCCACAUUUUGAUAAAAUAAGAUGUGGAUAUCGUUGUGGGUCUGGUGUGGUGUCUGAUGUUGGUGCAGAUUAUUUUAAAAUUAUGAAGGAUGCUAUGAGAAACCUUUCAUCUCAGUGGGUUCUGUCUUUAGCAGCCACCUGCUCAUCCUGUGUCAUGAAGUUCUUUUACUCUUCUACCAACCAAGUAAGCUAGUCUGUUGGUUUGGAGUUGAGUAACUGACCUUUGGAACUUUUGAAACAAAUCUAAAUUAAUUCUGAAUCACCCAAAGAUUAUGAUUUAUGUACAGUUUUAAAAUAAAUAUGGCCCUUUUGUAA